GCUACGGCGGGCCAUGCGGGGUCCCGGCUGACAUGUGGAGCGAGGGACCAAGCCCGCUGGCCGGCGGCACCCCAACAGCCCCGGCCGUGUGCCUCCCUCUGGCGGCCGCCUCGCCCAGCACCGAGGGCAUGGCCCGCUCCCCCAGCCACGAGUCCUUCGGCACGGACCUGUCGCUGCUCUCCCUCUCCAGUCUCGGCUCGGAGCUCGGGAGGCUCCGAGCGGGACAGCGCGCCAAUCGCAGCUUGCUCCAGGUGCCCGGCGUGUGCUUCGGCUCGCGGAGGCCCAUCUCGGGCGAGGUGUUGCUCGAGGAGGAGUCCGAGGCGAUUCGCAGCUGCGGCGCCCUCUCGUCGGUUCUGGGCCUGGUGAAGAGCUUCAGCACCGGCGACAUCAACCAGACGGCGGUAGACGAGAACGACGCUCCGCUCCGUGCCAGCGUCUCCGAAGUGGCCUUGUGCGCAGCGCUGCCUCCCCGAGGCAGGCUGGACUACGCGUCGCGGUCCUGCUCCACCUGGGUGGCCGUGGGGGACGUGUCGUCCACGUCGCAGCUACCAUCGCCGCAGGGGCUGCCGGCGCCGACCAACGCCACCGGCGGCGACGCGUCGCCUGGCUUCACGGCGGCAGACCUAGUCCGCUCGGUGAACAAGAAAGUGCGCCAGAUGUACAUUCGACGCCGACUCCUGUCCACGUACAAGGCGCUCGAGCGACUCACCAAGAGCGAACUGAACUUGAGCGGCCAGCCGAGGGACGACCUGCCGCAGGUGCACGUGACGAGCGAGCUCAAGCUGACCGUCAAGGACGUGGAGAGAGACCGGGGCAAGCCGCUCACCAAGUUCGAGCGCAACAUGAUGAUCUUCAACUGGCUGCAGAGCCUCGACGAGAACACGUUCGAGCAGUCCUAG